AUGUGGUUGAGGUCGCUCGCUCCGCCACUUGCCUUGCACAGCUUCGGCUGUCACGCUGCGACACGACUCACGGUCUCCUUUUCAGGUGAGGCGCUCUUCACUGCGGGAGGCGCGUCUCGCGCAUCAUUCGGCGCGCCACUCCCACCAAGCAAUGGCGGAUCCGCUGCUGUACCUUCCGCCGCUCAAGCCAAGCCUCUAGUGUGGAAGGGGAAGACCAUCACUGACACCUACCAAGAGCAAUGGGAAUGUGGUCGGCGACACUGGAGCAUCAGGGAAAGUUGUCAUCUAGGCGGUGAGGUACUCUUCAACUAA